AUUGUUCGAAGCAGGCGCAUUUCCGCUUUCGCAGAACAUGGCGGCUUGGUAGAAACGAAGUGAGUUCGGUGAUCAGAGAGGAUUGGAAUAUUUGAGAAGCCCGACCCAGCUGACAGAUGGCCGGAGAUUCCUCGGACAAGAAGGAGGGAGAGUCCUCGGGGCCGAAGGACAGGGAGAAGAAACGCAGCCGAUCUCGCUCCCGGGAGCGCGACCGGGACCGCAAGGCCUCGCCGGCCAAGGAGCGCAAGCGCCACCGCUCCCGGGACCGGAAGAGAUCCCGGAGCCGCUCCAAAUCCGCGGACAGAGAGCGCCGCCAAAAGGACAAGGAGAGGGACAAGGACAGAGAGAGGGAUAAGGACCGUGAUCGGAGCAGGAAGGACAGGGACAAGGAUGGCCACCGAAGAGACAAGGAUCGCAGAAGAUCCAGAAGCAUGUCUCCCAAGUCCAGAGACAACCGGCUCAAGAGGGACAAGGACUUGAAGAAGGAGGAGGAAGAGGAGGAGAAGAAGAAGAAGGAAAAGGCUCAGCCGCUGUCCCUAGAGGAGCUCCUGGCCAAGAAGAAAGCAGAGGAGGAGGCAGAAGCCAAGCCCAAGUUCCUGUCCCGGGCGGAGAGGGAGGCGGAGGCCCUGCGCCGGAGGGAGCUUGAGGUGGAGGAGCGGCGCCGGAUAAUAGACGACGAGAGGAGGAAGAGGAGGGUGUUCCAGGACAUUGGGAGGAAGAUGCUGGAAGACCCUCAGGAGAGAGAGCGGCGCGAACGGCGGGAGAGGAUGGAGAGGGAGAACAACGGCACGGAGGAAGACGACGGCCGACAGAAGAUCCGCGAGGAGAAAGACAAGGGCAAGGAGCUGCAGGCCAUCAAGGAGCGGUACCUCGGCGGGAUCAAGAAGCGCCGGCGCACGCGCCACCUGAACGACAGGAAGUUUGUGUUCGAGUGGGACGCCUCCGAGGACACCUCCAUCGACUACAACCCCCUGUACAAGGAGAGGCACCAGGUGCAGCUGUACGGCCGCGGCUUCAUCGCCGGCAUCGACCUGAAGCAGCAGAAGAGGGAGCAAUCACGCUUCUACGGCGACCUGAUGGAGAAGAGGCGCACUCUGGAGGAGAAGGAGCAGGAAGAGCUGCGCCUGAAGAAGCUGCGGAAGAAGGAGGCCAAGCAGCGCUGGGACGACCGGCACUGGUCCCAGAAGAAGCUGGAUGAGAUGACGGACAGGGAUUGGCGCAUCUUCCGCGAGGACUACAGCAUCACCACCAAGGGCGGCAAGAUCCCCAACCCCAUCCGCAACUGGAAGGAGUACGACCUGCCGCCCCACAUCCUGGAGGUCAUCGACAAGUGCGGCUACAAGGAGCCCACGCCCAUCCAGAGACAGGCCAUCCCCAUCGGCCUGCAGAACCGGGACAUCAUCGGAGUCGCCGAGACCGGCAGCGGGAAGACGGCUGCCUUCCUCAUUCCCCUGCUGGUCUGGAUCACCACGCUGCCCAAGAUUGACCGGAUCGAGGACUCGGACCAGGGCCCGUACGCAGUGAUCCUGGCGCCGACCCGUGAGCUGGCCCAGCAGAUCGAAGAGGAGACUAUCAAGUUCGGGAAGCCGCUGGGAAUCCGCACGGUGGCGGUGAUCGGUGGGAUAUCCCGCGAGGAUCAGGGCUUCCGCCUGCGCAUGGGCUGCGAGAUUGUGAUUGCCACACCUGGGCGACUGAUCGACGUUCUGGAGAACCGGUACCUGGUUCUGAGCCGCUGUACGUACGUGGUUCUGGAUGAGGCCGACCGCAUGAUUGACAUGGGCUUCGAGCCGGACGUGCAGAAGAUCCUGGAGUACAUCCCCGUGACCAAUCAGAAGCCGGACACCGACGAGGCCGAGGACCCGGAGAAGAUGAUGAUGAACUUCGAGUCUGGAAAACACAAGUACCGACAGACGGUGAUGUUCACAGCCACCAUGCCCCCGGCGGUAGAGCGGUUAGCACGCAGCUACCUGCGGCGCCCUGCGGUGGUCUACAUCGGCUCUGCAGGCAAACCGCACGAGAGGGUGGAGCAGAAGGUCCUGCUGAUGUCGGAGGGAGAGAAGAGGAAGAAGCUGCUGGAGGUCCUGUCCAGGGGCUUCGAUCCGCCCAUCAUCAUCUUCGUCAACCAGAAGAAGGGCUGCGAUGUGCUGGCCAAGUCUCUGGAGAAGAUGGGGUACAAUGCCUGCACACUGCACGGCGGCAAGGGCCAGGAGCAGAGAGAGUUCGCCCUGUCCAACCUCAAGGCUGGCGCCAAGGACAUCCUGGUGGCCACCGACGUGGCAGGAAGAGGCAUCGACAUCCACGACGUGUCCAUGGUCGUCAACUACGACAUGGCCAAGAACAUCGAAGAUUAUAUCCAUCGUAUCGGCAGGACGGGGCGUGCCGGGAAGAGCGGCAUAGCCAUGACCUUCCUGACGAAGGAGGACGCGACCGUCUUCUACGACCUGAAGCAGGCCAUCCUGGAGAGCCCCGUGUCCACCUGCCCCCCCGAGCUGGCCAACCACCCCGAUGCCCAGCACAAGCCCGGCACCAUCCUCACCAAGAAGAGGAGAGAGGAGACCAUCUUCGCCUGAGCGCUCCUGCUCCUCAUCGUCUGCUCUUUCCCUGUCCCUCUGCCUGCUCCUCUCCCCUCUCCUCCCUUUCCCCCUCUUCCU